AUGGAAAUUUACAUGUAUUCUGAGCCGCAAACCUCUAUGCACACGUGCAGGUGCACAGAUGGCUGUGCACCCCCGGCCUGCCCAUUCAGUCUGAAUCGGAAGGAAUCAUGCCCCCUUAACACAGGCAUUCCAGCCUCAUUGCCGUACAACCAGAGGCGCAGAAGCGGCAGCUGUCAGGAUCCUAAUCCCCGCUGCUUGGACUCGUGGCCACUGUGUAGUGUGUAUUUGUCUAGUUUUCAAGAAAUGAUCAAGAAAACAUCAAUGUAUAGCCAUCCAUUAAUUCAUCAUUUGAUGGAUCCAGAAGCUCAUAAAGAGAUCAGAGAAAACUAUGAUGACAAGCAGGUGGUCACAGAGAUCAUGGCGAGGUGUUUCACUCCAACUCUGAUAACAACCACUUCCUGGGAAGGUUUUCAUUUUGUUGGUCAUGAGAUUCGGAUUACUGAAGCCAUGGACUGUUAUGGUGCUGUUGUUUGGCCAUCGGCCCUUGUUCUAUGCUAUUUCCUGGAAACAAAUGCAAAGCAGUAUAAUAUGAUUGAUAAAAAUGUGAUUGAAAUUGGAGCUGGAACAGGGCUGGUCUCCAUUGUGGCAAGUUUACUUGGUGCUCAUGUGACUGCCACAGAUUUACCUGAAUUACUUGGAAACCUGCAGUAUAAUAUUUCCCGAAACACCAAGAUGAAAAGCAAGCAUUUGCCUCAGGUUAAAGAACUUUCAUGGGGAGUAGCUUUAGAUAAAAACUUCCCCAGGUCUUCGAAUAAUUUUGACUAUAUCCUGGCAGCAGAUGUGGUCUACGCCCAUCCUUUUUUGGAAGAACUCCUUGUUACCUUUGACCAUCUGUGCAAAGAAACCACCAUCAUCAUCUGGGUGAUGAAAUUCAGGUUGGAGAAAGAAAAUAAAUUUGUAGAUAGAUUUAAGGAGUUAUUUGACCUGGAGGAAAUUUCCAGUUUUCCUAGCCUGGAUAUUAAGUUGUAUAAAGCUAUGAAGAAAAAUCGAAGGAGUGCAUGAUGAUGUCCUGGAUGAGGACAUGGAAGUGCUAAGGCAAUUUCCAGCCAAUUAUCGCUUUAAAGAAAACCCUAAGUAAUUGGAUGUACUGCUGACACACACACACACACACA